CGUCACGAGGGGAGACAUUAAUACAUGAACAAACCUAAAAUAUCCAGUAAAUUGGCUUACCCAGACUCAGCUGCGUGCACACACUUACACACAAAACAUUUACUCAGCAUUUAAAGAACAAACUGACUGAAGAAAUUAGUGAAAAACCAAAACUGAACACGUGGUGAGUCUGACAGAUGGCUCGUCUCUCUCCACCAAUGGACGGCGAGAGUGUGGCGCUCCGAAAUGUCCUUCAAAAUUAAUGGUCCAGGACAGGAAAAGGCAUACCAUUGAGGUGUUGCCUGCAGAUGAGAAGAGUCUGUGUGAAUCUCGCGAGCCUAAGUGUGCUGGUGGUAGUCUAAUAUCAGAGCAGGAGAGGGAUACUUUGGCGUGGUUCUGUACCGGUGUCUCAGGAAACAAGUGAUCUAAACUGGUAGCCACCAUGGGUGCGGCAGCUGCUGUGUUUUUGGUGUUUCUCGGUUGUUGCUCAAAUGUUAUCUUUCUUGAGCUGCUUGUGAAGAAUGAGCCAGGCAGUGGAAACAUCAUCACUUGUGCACAGUUUGUUUUCAUUGCAAUUGAGGGAUAUAUAUUUACUUCAGAAUUUGGUAGAAAGAAAAAUGUGAUACCAAUUAAAGACUACAUGGUUUUGGUGAUCAUGUUCUUCAUUGUCAAUGUAACAAACAACCUGGCAUUUGGUUUUAAGAUCUCGAUGCCUUUGCAUAUGAUAUUUCGUAGUGGUGGUUUGAUUGCCAAUAUGAUCAUGGCUAUUAUUGUGCUAGGAAGACGCUAUACUUUUUCAAAAUAUUUGUCUGUGGCUAUGAUUACCAUGGGCACUGCAAUCUGCACCUUUGCAUCAGCAGACAAUCUGAAAGAUUCGGAUGAAGGAGAGGAGACGGUUGAAGGCAUCUCAAACUUCAUGACAUGGCUGUUGGGUAUCGGCCUCCUCACCUUUGCUCUUUUUCUGUCGGCUCGGAUGGGCAUCUUCCAGGAAUGUCUUUACUCCCAGUACGGGAAGCAUCCAAGAGAAGCUCUUUAUUACAUUCAUAUGUUAUCCCUGCCUGGGUUCCUGCUAACAAGUGGCAGCAUCAUUGAACACGCUAUCAAGUACAGUUCCUCUGAGCCCUUGCUUGCCCUGCAAGAUAUCCCAGUUUUAGACAACAUCCCAAAGUUAUGGAUUUUCUUAAUGGGGAACAUGCUCACACAAUAUGUGUGUAUUAGCUCAGUUUUUACACUGACAUCAGAAUGCACUUCUUUGACAGUGACUUUGGUCCUGACUCUGCGUAAAUUCCUGUCUCUCAUUUUCUCUAUUAUUUAUUUCGUGAACCCAUUUACUCUGUAUCACUGGGUAGGGGCACUCUUAGUAUUUAGUGGAACGCUGCUCUUUACAGAUUUCGUUGGAAAGGUUAGGGAAACAUUUGGCAAAUCCACAGUAAAGGAAGAAUAAUUUCUUAGUUUUAGAAGUAAGAAUUUUUUUCUUUCUUUCUUUUUUUAUGCAAGUCCAUGCUCAUGGGAUGUUGCAUGUUACUGACCAGUGAAGGGGAAACAGUAUUCCUCUUUUCAUUAUCAUAUUCAUCCCUAAUAAUCAUUAUUUAUUUGGUUCUACAUAAUCACGUAUUGUUAUUUUUUCCUUUGUAAUAUUGAUUUGCUUUGUAGAAUAGUAACAUAUUAAUCAUAUGACAGGUUUGCUCUCACAGCAAAUAGUGAUGUCAAAGGAGUAGGAAAUGUGGUGUUCACAUAUAAAGACUUAUUAGAUGUAGAAGUGAAGUGCCUAUUGUUAUUCAUGUUGUACUAUUUCCUAUCUUUAUGUAAGAUAAAGGUUUUGAAAGGGAUAAAAGACAUAGGAUAGUAUGAGUUGUGUAAUAAACUGGUUCAGGAUAUUUUGGAGGUUGUAAUAUAAGAAAGUUAGUUGACUUGAUUUUUGUCUAGUUUGCUGCAUCUUGCAUGUUUUGCAAUUUAUAGAGCUGUCACAGCACAGACGUCGAGGUUGAUUAUCAUUAUUUUUGUUAAUAGAUUAUAUGUUUUUUAUAUUUGAAAUAGUAGUAUUAGCAUUUUGUUUAAUGUAAUAUUUGUUAUUAUUCUCAAAAAUAUAGUACUGGUAUAUAUUUUCCUUAAAUGAAAGUACAUUUAUUUAGCAUUAGCUGUUAGAAAAAGGUCCUCAGAUCUUCUGUAAGCUCUUGAGGUCCAUACCGAUUGUGAAGUUUGCAUCUUUCUAAAUGAAUAGCAAGAAUAACACAUUCAGUUCAAUCUUCAGGUUACUAGGAUGAAUAUUUAAUGGUAGACUAUCACUUAGUUGUGUAUGGUUUUUAUAUAUUAUUUAGGUAAAGAUCAAGGAUUCUGAUCUCAUAUAGGUUCAGAUAAACCAAAGGCUUAAAUGCUGUGCAAUCAUUGAUCUUCUCACUACAUUUCUUUGGUAUUUUGUGUUUAAUAACAAAGAGUUAUAAUAGUCCUACAAUUAAACUGUGAUGUUCAUAAGCUAUCAUCCAGAUGCAUCUAAAGAGAGAGGAUUAAAAAGAGUUUGCUGCAUUAAUUUACAAAUGAAAUUUGUUAAAGAUCAUUCCUGAGAAGAUGCUAAGAUAAACCUGAAAUUCACUUGUAUCUCUUUCAUUUGGAAUUGAUUCAGUAUUCAUUUAAACUGGACCUAUAUUCUUAAGUUAAAGUAACUCCUGAUGUUGUUCAUAUUGUGAGAUCAUAUGAUGUGGUUUAUUUUUAUCACUGUUAGGUCAUUAAGAAAUAGUAAUUAAGCUGUUGCAUUUAUUUACUGGACUUCCUGACUUGUUAAAUCUGAAUCCUUUACAGUUAAGGUUGUGUGUAGUGUUGAAUUAACUUGGUAUUACUACUACUUUGUCUUCCUCUUUUUACUUUUCUUGUUAUUCUUCCAUAAUGGCUUUUGUUUUUUAUGUUUUUCUGUAGUACAUCUGUCAUUAAAAUAAUAUAGAAGUAUUUUGUGGGAUAGGAAUAUGUGAUUAUGGAGCUUCCACUUGUUCUGUAGUUUCAUACCAGUUGAUAUUGAUAUAUGAAACAGCAGUAGCCUCUAGUGAUAUUAGACAGAUUAUACCAUAUAGAUAUUAAUCAUUCAUCCAUUUAUUUGAAUUACAGUUAUUUUUUUACUUGUAAAAGCAUUUUACAGGUAUUUUGAUGGUUACCAGUUCCUCUCAUGCCUUCAUUUGAGGUGUUGUUCACUUGCAUGUGCAGAUCCAACACUUUCUUGGUGGCUUGAGUGUACAAGUAUGUACCAUCUUCCAGUGCUGUUGACAUUGGGAGCUUCUGAUGUUUUUACAUUUACCUCACACUUAAUAUACAAUGAUAUAAUUUAUUUUUUGAGGAUAAAUGCAGUUUUUUGCAUUUAUGUAAUAGUGAGAUAAUACUCUGAAUGGUAUUACUUUUGUUAAAAAACAAACAAACAAACAUAUACGUGAAAUAGUUUGAAAAAUAAACAUAACCUGUAUUUGUUAUAUGAUUCUGCCAAAGUAUUUAUCUCUUAUUUUUAUGUGUAGCAUCCGUUUUGGCACUUUGAUGUAUAAUUCAGAUUUAAGAGGUAUUAUUAUUGUAUCUGUGAUUCUUGAAAGCUUGAUAUGUAUGAGAAAUAAUCCACGACUUUGCUAAUGAUAAAGUAG